AUGGAGAACGACGCUCAGCAUCCCUAUACAGCUGAGGAUGCCACUCAGCCACCCUGUUCUUCUGAGGAAGUUUCUCUGCCUCCCGUUGCAGCCAAAAGCUCCGUUUUGCUUCCAUAUUCUGCCGUGAGUGCCACUAAGCCAAGCAUCCAACCCAACAUCCAAUCCAACAUCCUAACCAACAUCCAACCCAACAUCCAACCCAACAUCCAACCCAACAUUCUAACCAACAUCCAACCCAACAUCCAACCCAGCAUCCUAACCAACAUCCUAACCAACAUCCAACCCAACAUCCAACCCAGCAUCCUAACCAACAUCCAACCCAACAUCCAACCCAACAUCCUAACCAACAUCCAACCCAACAUCCAACCCAUCAUCCAACCCAACAUUCUAACCAACAUCCAACCCAACAUCCAACCCAGCAUCCUAACCAACAUCCAACCCAACAUUCAACCCAACAUCCAACCCAACAUCCUAACCAACAUCCAACCCAACAUCCAACCCAACAUCCUAAUCAACAUCCAAACCAUCAUCCAACCCAACAUCCAACCCAACAUCCAACCCAACAUCCUAACCAACAUUCUAACCAACAUCCAACCCAACAUCCAACCCAAUAUCCUAACCAACAUCCUAACCAACAUCCAACCCAACAUCCUAACCAACAUCCAACCCAUCAUCCAACCCAACAUCCAACCCAACAUCCAACCCAACAUCCUAAUCAACAUCCAACCCAACAUCCAACCCAACAUCCUAACCAACAUUCUAACCAACAUCCAACCCAACAAUCAACCCAACAUCCUAACCAACAUCCUAACCAACAUCCAACCCAACAUCCUAACCAACAUCCUAACCAACAUCCUAAUCAACAUCCAACCCAACAUAAUAACCAACAUCCAACCCAACAUCCAACCCAACAUCCAACCCAACAUCCUAACCAACAUCCAACCCAACAUCCAACCCAACAUCCUAACCAACAUCCAACCCAACAUCCAACCCAACAUCCUAAUCAACAUCCAACCCAACAUCCUAACCAACAUCCAACCCAACAUCCAACCCAACAUCCUAAUCAACAUCCAACCCAACAUCCUAAUCAACAUCCUAAUCAACAUCCAACCCAACAUCCAACCCAACAUCCUAACCAACAUCCAACCCAACAUCCAACCCAACAUCCUAACCAACAUCCAACCCAACAUCCAACCCAACAUCCUAACCAACAUCCAACCCAACAUCCAACCCAACGUCCAACCCAACAUCCUAACCAACAUCCAACCCAACAUCCAACCCAACAUCCUAACCAACAUCCUAACCAACAUCCAACCCAACAUCCAACCCAACAUCCAACCCAACAUCCUAACCAACAUCCUAACCAACAUCCAACCCAACAUCCAACCCAACAUCCAACCCAACAUCCUAACCAACAUCCAAACCUCUGAGCUACCACUUCCCCAUCAUGUUUCUCAUCAUGUUACCGAGAACCCACAAAGCGUAAAACAUAAAACCCGUAAGCAUAAAACCUUACACUGCUGA